GCCUCUUUUAAAACGCACUCGAAGCACAUCGACAACGCAGUUAUUUGACAGCUGCAUUUCUUAUCAGCAGCAGAUUUGAGACAGAGCUAAACAUAAAUAUGUCGAUAUUUACGCCGACAAAUCAAAUCCGGCUCACUAAUGUGGCGGUGGUGCGGAUGAAGAAAGGAGGGAAACGGUUUGAAAUCGCCUGUUACAAGAAUAAAGUAGUGAGCUGGAGAACAGGAGCAGAGAAAGACCUGGAUGAGGUUCUGCAGACAAGCUCAGUCUUCGUCAAUGUGUCCAAAGGUCAGGUAGCUAAGAAGGACGAUUUGACCAAAGCUUUUGGGACAGAUGAUCUGACAGAAAUCUGUAAACAGAUCCUGACCAAAGGAGAGCUCCAAGUGUCAGACAAGGAGAGGCAGUCUCAGCUGGAGACGAUGUUCAGGGACAUUGCGACUAUCGUGGCAGAGAAGUGUGUGAAUCCUGAGACCAAGAGGCCGUAUACGGUCAACCUGAUUGAGCGGGCGAUGAAGGACAUCCACUACUCUGUGAAGGCCAACAAGAGCACCAAGCAGCAGGCUCUGGAAGUGAUCCGGCAGCUGAAGGAGUCGAUGGAGAUCCAGAGAGCUCACAUGAGGCUGAGACUGGUGCUGCCGGCCAAGGAGGCCAAGAGGCUGAAGGAGAAGCUGAAGCCGCUCCUGCAGGUUGUGGAGAGUGAAGACUUUGACGAGGAGCUGGAAAUGGUGUGUCUGGUGGAUCCCGGCUGCUUCAGGGAGAUCGAUGAGCUGAUCCGCUGUGAGACGAAAGGCCGCGGCUCUCUGGAGGUUCUCAAUCUGAAGGACGUGGAGGAGGGAGAGGAGAAGUUCUAGUAACCCGACCAAUCAGGACUCUGCACCUUAUCCACACUAACACCGCGGCACGCAAACUCAUUUAAGAGACUAUAUUUUUUAUGAGAUUCAUGCUAAUUCCUGCUUACGAGUCUCUCAGUGUUUUAAAGGAUUUGUUUAACUGAAAGAAAAGCUUUCACAGAUUUGCAUGAUGGGGCGAAUGUAUUUUCGAAAAUCCGAGCAUUUAUCUCUAUGAACAGGUCAGUUUAUAGUUCUGGCCUGUGUUCAUCUAUUUAUUCAGGUUGUUUUCUAUUUCAGUUCAAUGAACAGAACUUUCUGCCUUUUCAUCAGACUCUGUGUGCCAUUAAGUAAUGCUCAAUAUCCCAGUUUUAUGCAUAAUUACUUUAACCAAUAACUUUUAUUUUGUCAUAAUGAAUGAGCUUUCUCUGUAGCAAAUAAAUAUCUAACGAAAUAUUUUA